AUGAGUGCUGCGCCCGACUGGAAAGCCGAUUUGGCAGCGAAGCGCAGGCAGCGUGAACGGGAGACUGAUGUUGAACGACGGUGGCAAGAUGUGAUGGAUAAAAACGGUGAAGGGGCACCAGAAUGGCUGAAGGAGGCUGCAAUGAAAAAGAAGGCCAUGCAGAAACAAGAUGAUGGUCUGGUUCCUUGGAUGCGGGAAGUGAAGCGAACCAACAAGGAUCUGGCGAGAAAAAUUGCAGAAGUCCAUCAAGCAGAAAAGGAAGCCGCGGAAGUAACUGCUGCGCAACAGCCACCGAUUACAGCUAAAGAAACUACCAUACAAUCGUCCUAA